CCCGCACGUUCCCACUUCCCUUCGAUCCCACUCCUCCUCUCCUCCCUUGCCUCGCCGUCUCACCAAACCCUACCGACCCCCAACCACGCGCCGACAGCAGCAGCACGGGCCCGUGCCCCGCCGCGAAGACUCCGCCAUGGCCGGCGCUGCCCCGACGGCCGCGGAGAAGGACGCCCUCGUCUCCUCCUUCCUCGAGAUCGCCGCCGGCCAGACGCCGCACACCGCCACCCAGUUUCUCCAGAUGACGAGCUGGCAUCUGGAGGAGGCGGUGCAGCUGUUCUACAUCGACGGGGAGGCCGCGCUGGCAGCGCACUCGGCGGCCGCCCCGGCUUCCUCCGCCGCGGCCUUGGAGGCGGCGGCUCUCGCGGCGGCCGAGGCCGAGGAGGGGUACAGAUUGGCUCCGCCUCCCGCGGCCGCGCUGGAAGAUGGGAUGCUGCAGAGACAGGGGGACGAUGAGGAGGUCCGCGCGCCUUUGCCCGUGAGGCGGGAAACUCUCUACGGUGAUGUCCCGAUGGUCGUCGCUCGGCCUAAUUCGACAGUUGCGUUUCGUAACUUUGAAGAGGAGGCAAGACAGUCUGCUGUUUGGGAUUCUGAGCAGAAUGCAACAUCUAGUUCUCGUGAUAAUCUGGCUUCUUUAUAUCGCCCACCUUUUGAUUUGAUGUUCAAUGGACCAUUUGACAAGGCAAAGCUGGAGGCUUCUCUUCUGGACAAGUGGCUAUUGAUCAAUUUGCAGUCAACAGAGGAGUUCAGCUCUCACAUGCUUAAUCGAGACACUUGGGCAAAUGAAGCUGUGGCUCAGACAAUUCGGUCAAACUUUAUUUUCUGGCAGGUUUAUCAAGAUACCAGUGAGGGGAGAAAGGUAUGCACCUACUACAAUUUGGUGUCUGUUCCUGCUAUUCUCCUAAUUGACCCUAUCACUGGACAAAAAAUGUGUGCUUGGACUGGAAUGGUUUACCCGGACCGUUUGCUGGAGGAUUUGAUGCCUUACCUGGAUAAAGGUCCAAAGGAGCAUCAUGCUGCUCAACCUCAAAAACGGCCAAGAAAAAUUGAUCAGGAAACUUCUAUGGGCAGACAAGGUAGAACAACUGUAGAGGAUGAAGAUGAAGAAUUAGCACGGGCAGUGGCAGCUUCCUUGGAGGAGAAUAAAGGAUUCGAGCAAUCAGAUGCUACUAAUGACAAGACUAAUCCUGAGGAAGAGAACGAACCAAGCUUGAGUGUUAAGCUCGAGUAUCCUCCUCUCCCUGAAGAACCCAAAGUUAGUAGGGAUCUUCUCUGCAGGGUUGCAAUUCGAUUACCUGACGGUCGGAGGAUCCAGAGGAAUUUUCUGCACACAGAUCCUAUUAAGCUCCUGUGGUCAUUCUGCUCUCCUCAACUGGAGGACGGUGAUAAGAGGGCUUUCCACUUUGUAAAGCCCAUUCCCGGAGCGUCCAAUAACCUGGGGUACGAAAGCGACCAAACUUUCAAAGAGGCCGGGCUGGCCAACUCGAUGAUCAACCUUUUGUGGGACUGACUGAGCCCAUAUUAUGCCAUCCUAUGCUUGCAAGUAGUGUCAUCCUAUCCUAUCUAUUCCUUUAUGGCCGUCAAGAUGGUUUUAGUUCGUUUUCCCUAAGGAUUAAUUUUAUGACCCUUGUUUUGCUCCCCCGGUGGUCUGAUCCCGGCAAGGACAGAUCUAUCUAUGCCCCCCGAGCUUAAGCGUGGAAAAUGCUCUAUCGCACAUGUCGGUCCCUGCUUUGUUUGUUUAUUCCUUCCCCCCAUGUUAGUAGGACGCAGUCUUAUUUAAUGCACAUAUUGUCAUAGUCCUGUACCGGUGCUGGUUGUAAGGAAUGCUAGUGAUACUGAUUCAUCUUGGUGCUUUCCUUUUCGUCUUGUCAAGAUGCUUAAACGGAGGGUUUGACACAAACUUCAAGUACUU